UAUCAUUUUUUUUCAAGAAACGUUUUUCAAGAAACUUAGAGCAUGGAAGAGGUACUACGACCAGUCUGCCCAUUAGGGUAUCACUUUAGUCCGACGGAAGAUGAACUGGUGAAAUAUUUUCUUCAUAGAAGAUUGAGGGGAGAGCCACUGCCAUGGAGUCCCAUUAUGGAACGCAGUCUUUACGGAAACGAGCCUCCAUGGGAGAUCUUUGAUCAAAGCAACGAUCAAAAAGUAUGGUAUUGUUUUACGAAAUUGAAUUACACAGGCAAUAGCAAGAAAAGGGUUGGUAGAACUGGCGGGGGUGGAACUUGGCACGGCGAGAAGUCUGGAGUUGAAAUUAUUGACGGUGAAACCAACAGUACAAUCGGUUUGAAGAAGACUUUUACGUUCAGGAUUAAAGGAGUUACUGAUAAACAAGUUAGUUGGAUAAUGCACGAGUUUUCUUUGAUUGGAGAAGAAAGAUGUGAUGUUGUGCUUUGUAAGUUGAAGAAGAAGACUACACGUGGCAGUCAAAUUCCAUAUUUUGAUCAACCUCCUAUAUCAAAUGGAAAAGAAGAUUGGAAGCUUAUGGUGAAUGACUAUCUGAUCCAAGAAGGAGAAGCCUAGAAAAUUUUCGUCCAAUUUUGUCGUUUCUUUCGUAGGGUAAGCUAGAUUUCUUUAGUUCAAGGUUUAAUUUGUUUGAUUUUUGUAUGUGGCUCCACUUCUGAGAUAAUAUUGUAAUAGCGUUAUAUUACGAUUUUUAUUAACAAAUAAGCUCUUUUUUGUCCAAUAAAUAUAGUACUGUUGUAGUAAAAUUUUAACCGGAUUAAAAUCUUCCUUCG